UUUCAUCCGGUUAGAAUAGAACUGAAACAAGUAAAUUGAGACGGAGGUAGUACAUAUUAAGCCGAACGAGCCUAAUAAUAAUUUGUUCAAGUUUGAUUUAAAAUCUAAACGAGCUUUUAAAAAAUACUCCGAUUUAAACUCAAUUUGUUUGUCUAACAAACUAAUCUUCUAACCAACCAACCGAGCUAGGACUCAAGAAACUUUGUUUAAAAGCCCUCGGGUGGGCCAGAGAAAAUUGGCUGGUAAAUGAUAAUUAUCGUUUACUAAAUUUAAAAUUCAAAUUCCCACUUAAAAUUGACGGCGCCGUUACACCCACGCGACUGCAUAACAACAUACCGUUAACUCGCCCCCAAUAAAACCCUGCGCAUCUCCUCUCUCAUCUUCUCCCCCAUCCAGAACCUCUCUCUCUCUCACACACACACACACACACACACACUCGCACUUUCUCUCUCCAAAAUGCGCGAGAUCCUGCACAUCCAGGGGGGCCAAUGCGGCAACCAGAUUGGCGCAAAGUUCUGGGAAGUCGUGUGCGCCGAGCACGGCAUCGACUUCACCGGCCGCUACAGCGGCGACAACGACCUCCAGCUGGAGCGGGUCAAUGUGUACUACAACGAGGCCAGCUGCGGGCGGUUCGUGCCGCGGGCCGUCCUCAUGGAUCUGGAGCCCGGGACCAUGGACAGCGUCCGAUCCGGGCCGUACGGCCAGAUCUUCCGGCCCGACAACUUCGUCUUCGGCCAGUCCGGCGCGGGAAACAACUGGGCCAAGGGGCAUUACACGGAGGGCGCUGAGCUCAUCGAUUCUGUUCUCGAUGUGGUCCGUAAGGAGGCUGAGAACUGUGACUGUCUUCAAGGGUUUCAGGUUUGUCACUCCUUGGGAGGUGGGACUGGGUCUGGCAUGGGAACUCUUUUAAUUUCAAAGAUAAGAGAAGAGUACCCAGAUCGCAUGAUGCUCACUUUCUCUGUUUUUCCAUCACCAAAGGUGUCAGACACUGUUGUAGAACCUUACAAUGCCACUCUCUCAGUUCACCAACUUGUUGAGAAUGCUGAUGAGUGUAUGGUCCUGGACAAUGAGGCUCUCUAUGACAUUUGCUUCCGGACCUUAAAGCUCACAACUCCAAGCUUCGGAGACCUGAACCACCUGAUUUCUGCCACCAUGAGUGGUGUAACCUGCUGCCUUCGCUUCCCUGGUCAACUGAACUCUGAUCUCCGCAAGCUUGCAGUCAACCUCAUCCCAUUCCCACGGUUGCAUUUCUUCAUGGUUGGAUUUGCUCCACUCACAUCUCGUGGGUCCCAGCAAUACCGUGCUCUCACUGUUCCUGAGCUCACCCAACAGAUGUGGGAUUCCAAAAACAUGAUGUGUGCUGCCGAUCCUCGCCACGGCCGGUAUUUGACUGCUUCAGCUAUGUUCCGUGGCAAGAUGAGCACAAAAGAAGUUGAUGAGCAGAUGAUUAACGUCCAGAACAAGAACUCUUCGUACUUUGUUGAGUGGAUCCCCAACAACGUGAAGUCUACUGUUUGCGAUAUCCCUCCUACGGGUUUGAAGAUGGCAUCGACUUUCAUUGGGAACUCCACCUCAAUCCAGGAGAUGUUCCGACGGGUGAGCGAGCAGUUCACUGCCAUGUUCCGCAGGAAGGCUUUCUUGCAUUGGUACACUGGAGAGGGAAUGGAUGAGAUGGAGUUCACCGAGGCAGAGAGCAACAUGAAUGAUUUGGUUUCUGAGUACCAGCAGUACCAAGAUGCUACAGCUGAUGAGGAAGGUUAUGAGUAUGAAGACGAAGAGGAGGAACAACAAGAGGCUUAAGGGUCUGGGUGUCCUGGGAUUUUGGCUUGUUUUAGCAGCAGCAAUUGUGUUGCAAGGUUUAUGUUCUUUGUUCAUGAGUACCCGUUAUAUGGUGUCUGAAUUGGUACUGUUUUGCCUGUUUCCUGGCAUAUUCUCUGGUGUUUGAAUUAGGAAGUAUUUAUUUGCCUAUGUCUUCUACUUUAGAAGAUGAUAUGGUGGUGAAUUGUAUCAGACAUGGUGUUUUGGUGAAAAUAUGCACUGAUACCAUGUUUGAAAAUUAUUGUCGCCGAAAGAUACCAUGUUUGGAAAUAAUUGUCGCCGUGUUGUGUUAUGCAUUUGGAUGAUAGAAUAAUAUACCCUUCAGGUCCCUUGCAAAUUA